AUGGAGAUUGUUUCGAAGACGGUCGCUUCGUCAGCGACCGCUCGCGUGCUGCUGAUCACGUUAAAGCUUUGCUUGCGCGUCUUAGCUCCGGAGGUGUUUUUGCGGCAGUUGGCCGCACUCGCGGUGCUGAUCAUUGCGCGACACUCGCUGUGGCAAGCGCGCAAAUGGCUUCGAGCUUUAUCCGGAAAGUUCUCCUUCGUGAACAAGCGACAGGCGAUGAAGGAAGAACUCAAGCGAGCAAGGAGGAAGAGCAUCGACUAUACCACCUUCCAAAGUGUGGGCGAGAAGCUGGAUAUAGCAGAAGGAAAGGACAAGUGGAAGCGCGAUGACAAUUCUCCGCUCUUCGACUCGCAGCACUUGAGAGAGCGCACCGAGAGAUACCGACAAAUGAUGGCCCGGGGCGACGUGGAUGCCUGCAUGUAUGCUUUACGCGGAGAGCUUCUGAGAAAGCACUUCGGGAUUUGCAACCCGGCACUCUUUCAGGUGUGCAACACUGGCACGAAAGUGGUGAUUGAGGAUUACGUCGCAACUGUGUGUGAGGCCAUGGCGUGGGUGGGAUUUUCCUACAAUGCCUCCCCGAAAGCGCGAACGGACCCUCACGCCAAGAAGGAUGCCAUUCACGAGCGCCUAGCGUUCUUCAAUGAGACUAAGCAUGGCUUUGGCCGCAGUGCCCUGCUGCUCUCCGGCGGUGCAUCAGUUGGCAUGUACCACUUCGGGGUGGUGAAGGCGUUGCACCUCAAUGGACUCCUUCCACGUGUCAUGAGCGGCACAUCGGCCGGAUCGAUUGUGUGCGGAAUGCUGGGCGUGAGGACCGAUGCCGAGCUGACGGAAAUGUGGGAUGAGAAUUUCUCAUGGUCCGAGAACUUUAGCCUCGACUUCUUUGGAGACCUGGACGUGAACCGCUUCCUGAAAACUGGGCAAGAGCUUUACUCUUCCGAGCACUUGGGGCGAAUCCUCAGGGCCAACAUGGGAGAUCUUACUUUCUUGGAGGCCUUCGACAGGACCGGCCGCAUCAUCAACAUCACGGUAAGCGGCCUCCCUGGCAACACGAGGUAUCCAAUGCUGCUGAACUAUUUGACCAGCCCUCAUGUGCUGGUCCAGCUAGGACCCAGCUUCUCGCCUUCCAUCUGGUCGGCCUGCGACCAGGCUGCACACGGCGACGCUUUGAUGUGCUGGAGAAGGUGCCGCUCUGUGCUGCUCUUCCCGUAUCUCUGGGCUGCGGUGGGCGAAAGCCUUCUCCAAGAGCUGCAACAAAGGAAGCUGCAGCCAGGUCGAGCUCGGGCACUGCUGUAUCAGCUUGGCAGAGCCAGCCAAGCGCUCACGGACGAUGAGCUCCAAGCGGCCGUGGAGAUGCUGCUGGAUCCACUAGAAGGCUGGCUGCAUGACCCCCACACCGCAGUCGAUCCAAGAUCCUUGAGCAGCUUGGCACUCUCAAUCGCCCGAGUGCAUCCACGGCUCCCUUCAGCAUCUCAACUGGAGAUCCAGGGACGGCUCAGAACACUGGCUGACGAAAGCGUGAAGCUGCUCUUGGACACUGGGAGUGCCAACCCGCAGGACAUUGCCAACGCUGCUUGGGCCUUGGGCCGCUUACGUUCCACGUGCUCCGUACCUUUGGCAACGGCAUUGUUAAGCGAGGUCUCCUCGGAGUUUGGAGCUGUCGACUUGGCCCAGAGUUUGUGGUCGUGCGCGGCGUUGAAGCUCGAUAGCCGGCUUGCCCAACCCCUGCUUGAAGCAGCUGCAGGGAGGUCCACGGAAUUCUCUGUGGCUGGCCUGUCGAGCGUGGUUUGGUCUGCAGCGGCAUUGGCGAUGGUUGAUUCCUGGGCCUGCCACAAAAUCGGAGACCAAGCCCUUAAGCUCGCCGACCGAUGCCGCGCGCGGGAGAUCUCCAAUCUGACCUGGUCGUUUGCCACACUGUGUAUGCUGACCAAACCAUUGGCCACCAGCUUCGCCGUGCCAGCAGUGGCCACAGCUGAGAAGUUCAAUUGCCAAGAGCUGGCCAACAUGGCGUGGGCAUUUGCUACAGCAAGUGUGUCGACCGGGAGAGAGAUCAGGCAGGCCAUGCGAAGCUUCUUGCAGAGUGCACUGGCGCGAGCACGUGAGUUCAAGCCGCAGGAACUUUGCAAUUUCAGCUGGGCCUUGGCCACAGCGGAAGUUUCGGGUGCCGAGUGGUUUGAAGUGGCCGCUGCCAGUUUGGACCAGCCGACAGUCUUCAGUUCCAAGGAUCUGUCGCAACUUGCAUGGUCAUUUGCCCGUGCGAGCUGCGCAGCGGAGCUUGUUGCCAAAGUCACCAGGCAGGCAAUCAGAGCGACAGACGCCCAGGGCACUUUCUUGACUCCCCACGACCUGGCCGAUGUGAUGUGGUCGUGCGCGAAGACGCAAGUGAAGGAGGAUGACCUGCUCCGCCCCCUGCUGCAACAUUGCACAUCUGGCUCAGUGAUUGCGUGCAAGCCGGUCGAACUGUCGAACUUGGCGUGGUCAAUCGUCAAGCUGGGGCUGCAAGAGGGGCAGGAGGCAUUGUUCGGUGAGAUCUGCCGGGUCUCUGUGGAGAAGAUGGCCGAUUUCAAGCCUGUUGAGUUGGCCAAUCUCUCGUACUCACUGGGGCGGGCUUCUGUUCAUUUUCCAGAAACAUUUGCCGCCGCGAUGGCCCGAGAGGUGGAGAAGCAGCUGGAAAUGUUCACCGCGUAUGAUUUGGCUUACAUUGCAUGGGCAUUUGCAACAAGUGGCACUGCAGAUGCAGAUCUUUUUGGCAAGAUCGCGCGAAAGUCGACGAAGAUGCUGGACGACUUCACUGAUCAGGGCUUCUCAGAUCUCGUGUGGUCUUUUGCCGUGACGAGUGUUCCCAGCAAGGAGCUGUUCUUGGCCGCACAGACACGGUUGCGGCAGGGCCUCGAGAUGUGGCAAUUGAUGGCAGACUCGCCUCAGCAGCUGACAGAGCAUGCGGAUCAUCUCAGGAGACUGCUGUGGGCAAUGGAUUUCAGCGAGUGCUUAACCGAUCUUACGCGGGCACGAGCACGAGAAGCCUUCCCAAGCUUAGGCGAAGAGCUUGAUGCCCAGCUCGGUUCCUGUAUUUCCGCAGGUCUGGGCCCGACCCCUCAGAGCAGCUUGACGCUUGCAGAGCCUGGAGUUGUUCUGGAAGCUGCUGGCUUCGUCGUCAUUCAAAAGCCGCCUGGCUGGCAAGUGGACACCGAAGAUUCCCUGGACGCAGACAGCGAGAUGUUCCAGGGCAUUGCAGGCACUUCAGAGCAUCGCCUCUUGCUCUCAACCUUCCUGCAGGCCUUCUUCAAGCACCGGCGUCAUCCCAUCCUCUUAGAUGCUGGGCAUUCUCGUGGGUUUCUUCACCGUCUCGAUAUCCCAAGCUCGGGAUUGCUCACCUGCGCUACAAGCUUCAAAACUUUCUGGGACCUGCAGCAGCAGCUGGUCACCGGACACUUCGCCCGUGAAUAUGCAUCUCUUUGUUAUGGCUGGACACCGGUGGAGCUGCAAUCCAUCGGUGCGAGAGUUUUUUGGAACCGACGAGUGUCAGCACUCAGCCAGGUCGGUUCGCAAGGAAAAGCCUCCAUCACAGAUCUGAAGGUCGUGGCACACUGUGCGCGACGCGGAGAGGCUCUAAGCGUGCUUCUUUUCUCCAUACGAACUGGAAGACGUCACCAGAUUCGGACACAAUCAGCCCACUUGGGCCAUGCAGUUGUGUGCGAUGGGAAGUACACAGCUGAAACUACAUUCUUCAAUGCCUUGCAGUGGUGCCCCAGGAACUUCCUUCACCGCUGCCGGCUGGCUUUCCACUGUGGAGCUGAAGAUGUGCAAGUCGUGGUGGGGCUGCCCUCCGACCUGGAACAGGUCUUGGAAGUUCCAGGGGCUGCAACUGGACCUGCUGACUUGAUAAGGUCGCGGGAGCUGUUGGCCAAAGACCGCUUCGGAGACAUUGUGCCAUACGUCUCAGGUGGGCUGAAGUGGCAAGAUGGAUCAAUGCAAUCCGAUCUGCCCAUGGCUCGACUUGCAGAGUUGUUCAACGUAAACUAUUUCAUUGUCUCGCAGGUGAACCCUCAGGCAAUGUUGCUGACUGGAGGCGGCGUUGGCUCCCAGAAAGGGCCCAUCUUCCGAGUCUCCCAGUUCCUGCGGCGGGAGAUCAAGCAGUACCUGCAGAGCAUGUUAGAGCUGUUCAGGGGUGCAAGCGGUCGACAUCCUUGGCUGAGACCGGUCGGCAACACCUUGAUCGCAUUGGUAGUUCAGGAGUACGAGGGCGACGUGACAAUCUACAACGGCCGGGGCCUCCUGGAGUUUCCAAAGCUGCUGAAGAAUCCCACGGAGGAGGUCCUACGUUCCUACACGAAGGCUUCGGAGUGGGAAACGUGGUGGCACAUACCCGAGAUUCAGAAUGCGUGUGCCAUCGAAUUCGUAAUGGAUGAGAUUGUGAAGGAGCUUCUGGCAGAUCUGCGGGCGUCUGAAGAGGAGAAGAGCGGUAUGGUCAGAACACCAUCGCUUUGCUCACGAAUGCUGCCCGAGAAGGGUCUCAAGAGGCCUGUAACCCGCUGA